AUGGCGAAUCCCCUGCUCCACCAUGUGCCGCCGAAUUCCAACCCGAAGCAGUUUGUACUCUGCUUCGACGGUACUGGGAAUAAAUUCGCCGGCGAUGAGUCGGAUAGCAAUGUUUUGAAGAUCUUUCGAAUGCUAGAUCGCAGCAAGAGCCAUCAGUACCAUUACUAUCAACCUGGUAUCGGCACUUACGUGACCUCCAAAUCGCUGUCCAGCCAUGGUCGCAUCCAGCGCAUCAAGUCCUGGUACCAGAAGGCCAAGGACUCCGCGAUCGGCUCAUCCUUCGACGAGCACGUUAUGGGCGGCUACAAAUUCCUGAUGCGAUACUAUUCCCCCGGUGAUCAGAUCUUCUUCAUUGGGUUCAGUCGCGGCGCGUAUAUCGCGCGCUUCCUAGCUGAGAUGCUUGACUACAUCGGUCUCCUGGAAGCCGGAAACGAGGAGCUGAUCCGUUUCGCCUGGAAGACCUUUGCCAAGUGGCAGCAGCGCUCAGGUGAAUCGGAAGAAAACCAAGAAGAGAAGAAGAAGCUCUUCGAAUAUAUGAAGGCCUUCCGUGAAACCUUCAGUCGUCCGAUCUCGCGCAUUCAAUUUAUGGGUCUCUUCGAUACUGUCAAUAGUGUUCCCCGGUUCGAGAACGCGUGGAUGCAGCGCAGCAAAUUUCCGUACACUGCGCGUAGCUCCGCUCAUGUGAUUCGACAUGCGGUGGGAAUUGACGAGCGUCGCGCCAAGUUCCGUCAGGAUUUGAUAUCUGGCAAACGUCCUCAUGACAAGUCGCAUAAGCGCCAUCGCCCUCAUUUCACGCCGCACCGACUGGAGCACCAUCUGGCGCGCCAUACUGAUCCUCAGCACCACCUGCAUCUCCGCCACCAGGAUAGAUUAGCUGCCCAGGCUGGUCAGGCUACUGAGAAUCCGGCUGUUCCAUCUAUCCAAGUGAAUGACAACGCCCAAACGGGCGCGGCUGACUCUGGAGGCCUAAGCGAAAGGGAGAAAACAUUCGAAGAAUUUGGCUGGGGUCCCGCUGCAGGCGAGUCAUUAUAUCGCAAUCACCCGCACGAGGGCUCUUCUCACCAUGGAAGUGACUUUGAAGCUGAGAAGCAGCCACGGUACCGUCCCCCAUCUCCCAACCGGAGCAUCAAUCUCGCUGUUCCCCACGGCGGUCCUGCUCCAACAGAUGACAACCUGUCCGUACGCAGCGGCCAGUCUGGUGGCGGUCUCUCUAUCCAGACUCCCAGCAACGCUGGGUUUGACUAUGGUAGCGACGAGGAAGACCAAGACAUCCAUGAGGUUUGGUUCCCAGGCUGCCACGCAGACAUCGGUGGUGGUUGGAAACUUCAAGACGGCGAGCUUUGGGCCCUAAGUCACGCGCCACUCGUAUGGAUGGUCCAGGAAGCCCAAAAAGCCGGUCUGGAGCUGGAUGAGCGCAAGAUGAAACAAUUCCAGUGUCUGGAGGAGUACGACGGCGACUAUACCCCGAUCCAAGAAGAAAUUGCCGCUCGACGACCCAGCCAAAUCUGUCGCGAGGAGCACAACGAAAAGGAUAACCCGAACGCCUACCGCGAGGCACCCGACGACAAACAGCGCUCAGCUGCCAGCCGCGACUUCUGGCACGCCCUGCACACAUCCAGUACCAAGGGUCUUCUGCACGAUUGUCUAGAGUUCAACCAAGGCCUCCCGCCCGGGUCCGUCAUCUCCUGGAAAAUCAUGGAGUGGCUCCCCUUCCGUCGCAUGGAUCUUCAGCCCGAUGGACAAUGGAAACCCAUCCGGUGGCCCCUCCCUCGCGGCGAAGUCCGCGACGUCCCCUUGAGGCAGAGAUCCAUGUCUCCGCCAUCCGACGCAUGCAAGCGGACCCCAAGUACCGGCCCGGCAACGUCAUCGUCGGAGGCGGAGGUCGUGGCGUGCGGUUUGCGCCCGAGGAGAGAGGCAUGGGUGAAUGGGUGGUUCUCAAGAACGAGGGUGAUCCAGUGCGCGAGACAUACGUUCGCUCAGAAAUGGCGGCCAAGUGUAAGGCGGAGUGGGCUCACCAGCUUGCGCAUCAUCCACACCACCAGCACUGAAUCCCAUGAUGUUUUGCCGGUCCCUCGCUCCCGUCAUUUCUAG